AUAGCUCUGACAAUAUGGCAUCCUUUGCAAAGGCGGCUUUCACUUUGGCGACAGUGCUGGCGGUUGGCUGGGCGCUCAGCGCUCAUGCGCAGGAAUACAACGAGUACGAUCCCUCAGCUGUCACGCCUGGCAGCAUCCCCAACUUCCCAUUCCGCGACUGCAACACCACAAACGGCGCGUACCGGCUGGCACCGGUGUGGCGACCUUCGGGCAGCAACACGUACUGCUUCAAGAUCCAGGUCAGCCAGGAUGCCCUGUCUUGCACUGGCGCCUGCUGCAGCGCCGACUUGCACAAAAUUGAGUUCAACGUGUCCAGCAGCUGCCUGGUGGCCGGGGCUUCAGUCGUCGCCACCGUGAACGGAGUGCGGACCCGGGUUGGUGCGACCCUGGACAAGGCCCCGGCUGGGCCUGUUGGCUCCGCCGUUCUGCGGCUCACCCAGCUGGGGCUGGACACCACGACCGCCCAGGAUGCGGAGGUGUGCCUCACCCUCAAGACCAACCGUGGAGGCCAGGGCUGCACCACCCUGGAGCAACUGUGCUCGUCGCCAGGCUUCCCCGCAGGGACAUGCACAGCAGCUAUGUUCGAUGUCGCGUGUGAUUGCUGCCCGGUUUCUCAAGCCGGUCAGGCCCUCCCGCCGCCGCCACCAGUUAUUCCGCCGGUCUUACGCCCUUGUGACGUCUGCAUCGCCGCGACCAUUGUGCCCCCGGCCAAUGAUGUGCGACCAUACCGCUACGACAGCGCCACCUGCGCCGCCAUUCA